CCGUUCAGUUACUUGCCGGAUUCUGUGACGUAUGGUUUUUUCCCGACAGCCGCACAAAAACGGGCGUACCCUUUAUCGCGCGAGUGCUUCCUUCUGGCGUGCGAAACGACACACGCUAUGUGGUUUGCUGUGAAAGUUCUGUGAAAAAUUAAGCAUUUUCCCUGCAUGCCCCGUGCAAUUUAGCUCGCUGGCUCUAGUGUGUUCUUAUUUCAUUCCCAGUUGCUGCAGCAGCUGUUAUUUGUGAAAGUGUUUUCAUUGAAGCGUUACGAGACGAAAGUGAAGCAGAGCAACGGUAGUAGGCGGGUUUUCCCCGGAAAAGGGGGAGAAAGAAAGGAUAACGUGUGCGCCGACUAUUUUGUAACGUCAAAGGGAAUCUUCGUGCUUAGCAGAACGAGUGAGUGUGUGUGAGUGUGUUGGUGCAGGUGGGUUUAUGUGUUUGUAUACCCGUUCAAGAGGGGGUUCCUCGUGAAACGCCCGUGUGCGUUAGUAGUGGGUACCGCUGAGUGCGUGUGUGUGCGAAGGUAUAUACAAGCGGGCAUAUUUUUCGUUUCAAGAAAGCUGUGUGUUUACUGGCAGUCCUUUUGCAAGCGUUGAUUUGCCGGAGUGCUUAUACUUAAAAGUUAAAGUGUGAAUGUGCAUGCAUGUGUGCUUGUGUUUGAUGCAACACGGCAAAGUGGAGCAGUGUGAAGUGGUGCAUUACGCUAAAUCAUAGAGCAAAAGGAUGUGCCACCGGUUGAGCUAAGGGUAAGCCAAGAGAAGCGAAAGUAUACACGGUGUGUGCACAGCAUUUCGAGUUGUCUCGCUUACACCGUGCUGUUGUUCUUUAGUGUGGAAAAAAGGAGUACCGGCUGGUAAAACACCUUUUUUACCUCGUGAAGCUACCAGCAGGAAACGAAGUAUACGUCGACAAACAAGUUCUUAGCAGAUUCAAGCGUGUGUGAAACUGACCCGCGAAAGAUUACUUUCAUCACGCACUUCAAGUCGUUUCCGGAGAGCCGAAUUUAGUGGCAGCAAUACGCUGCAGAUUUUUCGACAAUCUACACGACCAAAGAGUGUCCGGGCUCGGAAUUCGUAUAUAUAAACAAGAUCAUCAUCUUACAUUAUGAAUUGACGGUUGAUAAACGACAAAAAAUCUAAUGAUGCAAAAUUAAAGACAUUUCGCAGGAGCCACAGAAGAAGCGCUGGCGCGUUUGACGGUGAGUGAUAAAAUACGUAACGCAAUUCCCAAGAACUGGCGAUGACCAGCUGUGCAUGAAUUUUAUUCUCCUCACCGAGUGGCAUCGUUUAAGUGAACAUACAUAUACACACAGAAAGUUGAGAUCAAACUAUACGAAGUGUAAGAUAAGCUGAUAUCAUAACUUGCCGAUGACUUAAGAGCACUUUACAGUGAAUGCCACAUUGCUGAGGCAAGUGUGAUGCUGAAACUACUUCGAAUCAUCGUUAAAUGAUAGAAUCGUGCUGACAGUGAAGUGAUGCCAGUGGACAGUGGUGCCACAGGCUCUGGUGAUUGGAAGUGCAGAAAAAUAUCGGCAAGUCAAGAGUGUAUAAAUAUUUGUUGAAACUAUCUGGUGCAUUUGGAAGCAAAAACGAUCAAACUCAGCAAGAAAAGCAAACUAAUACGACGCACUGGACGAAAGACAACAGGUCCUUCUUUUUAUGCUGCAUCCAGACGAUCCAUUACUAGACGAUCCCAAUGAAUGUGGUUGGAUUGCUGCAAAUAAUAAUAGUUACUAAAUUCAUCAAAACAGGUAUUGCCGACAAAAACGACUACCCACUCUAUUUUGAGAAAGUUAUCUAUGAGGCGGACAUCGACGAGAAUGUGGAAAUCAAUCACAACUUUCUUAACGUCACGGCAAAGACGCACGGUGAGGCGUCCGGUGUACGAUACAAGAUCUCGAGCGGUAACGUAGGCAAUGUGUUUGCGAUACGCAACACAACCGGCGCCCUUUACGUAGCUAAGGCGUUGGAUUAUGAAAAGAUCAAAAAGUAUGAGCUACGGUUGACGGCUUCAGAUAAUUUUAAGGAGAACUACACCACCGUUCUGAUCAACGUACGCGAUGUAAACGACAAUCCGCCGGUGUUUGAGAAAUCGUCCUAUCGCACACAAAUCACCGAGGAGGACGACCGAGGCUUGCCGAAGCGUGUGCUGCGGGUUACUGCUUCAGAUGCCGACGUGGAGCGGCCGAACAACAUCAUAUACUUUUUGACCGGGCCCGGUAUUGACAUCGAAAAUCCCUCCGACAGCAACUUUGACAUCAACAAGGCCACGGGGGAAAUAUUUGUGCUUAAGCCCCUGAACCGAGACCCACCACACGGACGAGCGUCUUGGAAGUUUACCGUCUUUGCGCAGGACGAAGGGGGCGAGGGUUUGGUGGGCUUUACGGAGGUGCAGAUCAACCUGAAAGACGUCAACGACAAUGCGCCCCAGUUCCCGAACGGGAUUGCGUACGGAAACGUGACCGAAAAUGGCACCAUCGGCAUGCACGUGAUGACAAUAAAGGCCGAAGACUAUGACGACAUCAACGAAGGUACUAACGCGAAGGUGAUUUACUCGAUUGAGAAGAACGCGAUCGAGGAGGAUACUGGUUUGCCAAUCUUCGACAUCAAUCCAGACACGGGACUCAUCACGACGGCGGUAUGCUGUCUCGAUCGGGAGAAGACGCCCGACUACUCGUUGCAGAUUGUGGCCACCGAUGGCGGAGGUUUGAAGGGUACGGGGACAGCUUCUAUCAAGGUGAAGGAUCUGAAUGAUAUGCCGCCUCGGUUCACCAAGGACGAGUGGUUCGUCGAGGUGGAGGAAACUGACGGUAGUGUGCUGCCCGAGGCACCAAUACUGACCGUAACGGUAAAUGACGAUGAUGAGAUAAACAAUUUCCAGUAUAAAAUCAUUGAAAGCAGCGGUUACGGGGCGGAUAAGUUCGCGAUGGUAAAGAACGCGGACGGUACGGGAAGUUUGAAGGUGGUCCAGCCUCUAGACUACGAAGAUCCGAUGCAGAUAAAUGGCUUCCGCUUUCGGAUACAGGUAAUCGAUAAUGAUGGGAUCGAUGAGAGCGACAAGUACCACGUUGACCAUUCAUGGGUGAUUGUGAAGCUGAAAGAUAUUAACGAUAAUACGCCUCGCUUCAAGAAACCGCACAUCGAGGCGGCGGUGUACGAAAACGCGGACGUUGGCAAAAACUUGGGUACUUUCAAGGCGGUCGACAUCGACAAGGGCGGUAAGAGCAAAAUUACCUACAGCAUUAACCGUGCUACGGACCGGAAGCGCCAGUUUGCCAUCGACCAGGAAGGUACAGUGACGAUCCAGCGCGAGUUGGAUCGGGAGGCGAUGGCGAAACACUCGCUUGAGAUUCUGGCUACCGAUGACGGUGUACCACCGCGCACGGCCUCCGCCAUCUUGACCGUGUUGGUGAAGGACAUCAACGACAAUGCGCCGGUAUUUGCGGAAGAUUAUCGGCCCAUUCUGCUGGAAAACUCACCGCCGUCGAAGAUUAUCGAAAUCUCCGCCGUUGACAGGGAUGACCGACUGAAGGGCAACGGGGCGCCGUUCCAGUUCCGAAUGGACCCGGAUACAGACGAUGUGAUUCGGACGUCCUUCAAGGUGGAGCAGAGUAACAAGGGUGACGGUAUGGCGAUCAUUUCAUCGCUCGGCUCGUUCGAUCGCGAGUACCGCAAGCAGUACACAAUUCCGAUCGUUAUCAAGGACUCGGGCACGCCGCCGCAAACCGGCACCAGCACGCUGACGAUCACGAUCGGUGAUCUGAACGAUAACAUCAUGCAGCCCGGCUCCAAGGAGGUGAUCGUGUACAACUACCAAGGUCAGGCGCCGGACACACCGAUCGGGCGUGUGUUCGUUAACGAUCUCGACGAUUGGGACACCUCGGACAAGCUGUUUUACUGGGAUGAGGCUGAGAAUCCACGCUUCAAGCUGGACGACACAUCCGGCAUGGUGACGAUGCGACGCGGUGCACGCGAAGGACGCUACAAGCUGCGCUUCAAGAUCUAUGACCGCAAGCACGCGCAAGAAUCGUAUGCCAACAUGUCGGUGGUGGUGAAGCACAUCUCCUACGAGGCGAUCGUCAACUCCGGCUCGAUCCGGCUGACCGGCAUUACGGAUGAGGACUUUAUACGCAUCUGGAACUAUCGCACCCAGAACAUCUUCCGCAGCAAGCUGGAGCGGUUCCGAGACAAGCUGGCGGAGCUGCUGAACGUAGACGUAAAGAAUGUGGACGUGUUCAGUGUGCAGAUGAAGGACCGCUCGGUGCCGCUGACCGAUGUGCGGUUCGCCGUACACGGUGCGUACUACUACAAGGCGGUGCAGUUGAACGGCGUAAUACUGCUGCACAAGGAGGAAAUCGAGCAGGAGGUGGGCAUCAACAUCACGAUGGUAAACGUGGACGAGUGUCUGCUGGAGAAUGCGGAUUGUGCCGGGUCGUGCACCAGCAUCAUCGAGGUCCAGACGAACCCCUGCCUAGUGAAUGCAAACAAAACCGCCCUGGUUGGGGUUCAGAUCAACUCCACGGCUGAGUGUUUGUGCAGCUCGCGAGAGUACAAGCAGCAGCAGACUUGCAAAUCCCAUCCCUGUUUGAAUGGUGGUCGCUGCACCGAUUCCAAGUCGGGUAUCAAGUGCUCGUGUCCACCAGGCUACACGGGGCCCCGCUGUCAGCAGGUCGUACGUAGCUUCCGCGGCAGUGGCUGGGCCUGGUACCCACCGCUCGACAUGUGCGACAAGUCGCACAUUAGCGUCGAGAUCAUCACAACGAAACCGGACGGUUUGAUUUUCUACAACGGACCUAUCACACCACCUAAGGAGGACGACACGUCCAAGCAACUGUCUGACUUUAUUUCACUCGAGCUGGAGCAGGGCUAUCCCCGGUUUCUCAUCGAUUACGGAUCGGGUACGCUAGAGUUACGCAUCGCAACCAAACAUCCGCUCAACGAUGGCGAAUGGCACCGGAUCGAUCUGUUCUGGGACACUGAGCAGGUAAAGAUGGUGGUCGAUUUCUGCAAGACGGCCGAAAUCACCGAAGCCGACGAUGGCAACCUGGUCGAGUUUGUCGACCACACCUGCCAGGCGCUGGGCAAGGUGCCGCAGUUCAACGAAUAUCUGAAUCUCAACACGCCGCUCCAGAUUGGCGGUGUGUUUAGGGACAAGUUUGACUACACGUACAGCCGCUGGCAGUACAUGCCGGUCGGGGUAGGUUUCGAGGGGUGCAUUCGUGAGUUUAAGCACAAUGGAAUUCUGUACGACCUGUCCCACCCGGGACUGUCUAAGGGUAGUGCACCCGGGUGUUUGUACACGCAGGAGGUGUGCGAUCUGAAUCCGCAGGUCGCUCGGUGUCUCGAGCAUGGCAAGUGUGUCGGUAGCUAUGACGAGGCCAAGUGUGAAUGCAAUCCUGGUUGGACGGGCACGUACUGCAGCUUGCCCACCACUCCAACCACGUUCAAGACGCACAGCUACGUAAAAUACGCGCUCAGCUUCGAGCCGGACAAGUUCACGACGCAGAUUCAGCUGCGGUUCCGUACGCGCGAGACGUACGGCGAGCUGUUCCGCAUCAGCGAUCAGCAUAUGCGCGAGUACGGCAUCAUUGAGCUGAAGGGGGCCAAGGUGUACUUCCGGUACAGCUUAAACACGGGCCAGGUGGAGGAGCAGGAGGUAGCGCUGACGGCGGUCGAGGUGGACGACGGACAGUGGCACGUGGUGAAGGUGCAACGGUACGGUUCGGCGGCCAUCCUGGAGCUGGACGGGGGUGAAGGUGCCAACUUCAACCAAAGCUUCUCGUUUGACGGACAUCAGUGGCUGUCAGUGGACAAGCAGGAGGGUGUGUAUGCAGGCGGCAAGCCUGAGUUCACUGGCGUCAAGACGUACGAUGUCAAAUCGGACUAUCAGAAGAGUUGCAUCGACGAUAUAAGAUUGGAUGGUAAAAGCUUGCCACUUCCGCCAGCCACCAACGGUACGCAAUGGGGUCAGGCCACGAUGGCAAAGAACAUUGACCGCUACUGUUCCUCCAACAAUCCUUGCCAGAACGCGUACUGUCCGGAUCCAUUCGAGUGUGUCGACCUGUGGAACAAGUACGAGUGCGCCUGUGGCGAUGGUAUGAUCAUCUCACCAGAAGGCAAGACCUGCAUCGACCGGAACGAGUGUCUAGACUAUCCUUGUCUGAAUGGAGGCACUUGCAUCAACCAGGAGCCGCGCCUGAAGUACAAGUGCAUCUGUCCGGACUCGUACUGGGGCGAUAGUUGUGAGUUCCUGAAGGAACGACAAGCGCUUAAAUUCAGCACCAGUGCCUUGGCCGCCGUAAUAGCCUGCCUAUUACUGAUCAUUAUUUUGCUGUUUGUUUAUUUUUCCUGCUCCCGGCGUCGUUCGGCAAACUUCAACAAGAAGCCGGCCACCAAGGACGACAUCCGCGAAAACAUCAUCAACUACUGCGACGAGGGAGGCGGCGAGAAUGACAUGACCGCGUUCGACAUGAAGACGCUCAAGAUCCCGAUCGGUCCGCUGCCAGAGCUCGUUCAACAUAAGGCACCGCCAGUACGUCCAGAUAUUGCCGUCGUGUCCGACCAGGUCGUCGGCAAGGUGGACGUGUUCCUGGACGACCGGAAGCGACGCGUCGACAUCGACCCUGCCUCCGGGCCAUUCGACGAUCUGCGUAACUACGCCUACGAAGGUUGUGGGAGUACCUCUGGCUCGCUAAGUUCCUUACAGUCAGGUACGGACGAUGAACCCCAUGAGUAUAGCUUUUUAACCACAUGGGGUCCCCGUUUCGAUAAGUUAGUCAAUAUUUACGAACCAAGCAAAACGCAGAUCGAAGAUGACGAUGUUAGUUAAGAGUAGCUGUAGCUGUCCCAGGUGCUGUAGGUAUUUUGUUCCCGAGGUCGACGUUUGUGCGCGCUCGUUCAGUUUAGCAUGGCAUACCGUCAGGCAAAGCUGAAUGAUGUGCACGGACCUGUAGAUAAAUCUGUGCGUUCAUAGCCCCAAGAAGAAAAAAACGUAAAGUCGUAAUAUAUGAAAAAAAUUGGGCUUUUUUCACCAGUAUGCGGGCAAAACGGUGGAUAAUCUUUGUAAAAUAGUCAC